GAUUAGCGCCUCUAAUGUUUGGACGCCGGGAGGCGGAGCACAAUCACGGGCAAAGAAUCAGGCCCUUCUGGCUUGGCCCGACUGAUGAAACUGACUCACCAUUUGAUCAGCCAAAACUUGUUCUCUUUCAGAUAGCUGCAAUCAGAAGCGCCGAAUUAAUGCGCUCGUUUUCGUCCUGGCAGAGUCUAAUCACUACAGUAACAGGUAGUAAGUAGUAGACGCGUUGGUUUUGGCAUCGACUGUCGUCUCGCAUUUCGUUUCCCCAGGCAAGCAACCACCGAUCAUCGUUGGCCAGCCAACCGCAUACCAUACCUCCUGUCACUAGAAUAGGGAAAGACAUAUAGUCCGCAGACGUCUGUCAGAGACUCAUAUUUCGCAUUUCCCCAUAUCCCGGCUUCCCAAGUCUCGAUCACCUCACCUCACCCAUCGGCUGUAGUCUUCAACCCAAACACCGAAUCCCGAAAACAAGAAGCAGAGAUGCCGGCAGCAGCCACAAAGAGCGUCGUGGUCCACCCACUUGUACUUUUAUCCGUUGUAGACCACUACAACCGGACCGCCCGCAAUACGAAAAAACGCGUUGUCGGUGUAUUAUUGGGGCAGCAUGUGGGUGACAAGGUGAACGUUGCCAACAGUUAUGCAGUGCCGUUUGAGGAAGACGAAAAAGACCCGUCCAUUUGGUUCUUGGACCAUAACUACCAUGAGGCAAUGUAUGACAUGUUCAAGAAAGUCAAUGCGAAGGAAAAGAUUGUCGGAUGGUAUCACAGCGGACCGAAGCUUCGUGCGUCCGAUUUGGAGAUCAACGAGCUGUUCAAAAGAUACAUACCGAACCCGGUUCUUGUUAUCAUUGACGUCAAACCAAAGGAGUUGGGAAUACCAACAGAUGCGUACUAUGCUGUUGAAGAAAUCCAUGAUGAUGGCACGGCGACGACCAAGACGUUCAACCACAUGCUGUCUGUCAUCGAAGCCGAAGAAGCAGAGGAAAUCGGAGUAGAGCAUCUCCUCCGUGACAUCAAAGACACAUCUGUUGGAACGCUGUCGACGCAGAUCACGAAUCAGUUGAACUCUUUGAAAGGCCUCCAGUCACGACUCGAAGACAUUCGUGACUACCUUUCCAAGGUGAUUGCCGGCACCCUACCGAUCAACCACCAGAUUAUCUACAACUUGCAAGACAUCUUCAACUUGCUGCCGAAUCUUCAAGUACCCGACACGGUCAAGUCGUUCGCUGUACAAACGAACGAUGAGCUUCUAGUCAUGUACCUCUCAUCACUCAUUCGGGCGGUCAUCGCCAUGCAUGGUCUCAUUGAGAACAAGAUUAUGCUGCGUGAUGCGGAGCGGAAGGAAGACGAGGGUGAGAAUGGGACAUCAGCCGAGAAGGAGGAAGGAGAAAAGAAGGAAGGCGAGGAGAAGAAGGACGAGAAGGCUGGAGAUAAGGAGAAGGAGUCCUUGAAAGGCAAGGCUGCCGCUGAGAAGAAAUAGGGAUGGGGGAAAGGGAGGCCCAAGAGGUCUCGGUGAACGGGUGGACACCGGAGCACAUCAGGCGAACGGCGUGAUACUCGUACCAUUCUGUAAAUAAGCACGCCGUACCAGUGUGGCUUGACAUAACAUGCGCUCUUGCUUGGAAUUAGGACACUCUUUAUGGUGGUCAUGAGCCCUGGCUGGCAGAAGUGGAGGAAAU